AUGUUGCCCUCACUUUUGGUUGCCAGUGCACUGGCAUUCCAUGCUUCAGCUUUCUUGAUUACACUCCCCGCUUUCCGCAGUGUCGGGCACAAUUUCCAGGCACUGGAUGAUACGAACCUAAAUACAAUCGAGCUAGAUGUUAAGUGUGUCGAGUGUCCAUUCCCCAAACUCACUGAAGAGUCAAGCCUGCUCUGGGACGAUGAAUCCGAUAGCUGGAUGAAUCUUAACUUCACCACUGAUGGUGGCCGCCUGUUGGUGAACGAGAGACAGCUUUAUCCCAUGCUAAAUCCCCCUUCUCCAGUUGAAACUGUUCUACACCGUCAAUCCGAUGGCAAAACGUCUUUCCCCUUAUCAGUCGGUUAUGUGUUCGAACGGAUGGCUCUAGGUCCAAUCAAAGAAGGCAGCAGUGCUGAACUACUCGUAUUCAACUUCAUGAUUAUCGAUGUUGUCGGAUAUCCAGUCCCUGUUGAUACAGUGAACCUUCACGUGAUCAACUUGCCAAGCGGUGACCUCUUAAUGGUUGGUGCGGAUAUCGAAGAAACCUCCCCCCAGAUGUCAUGGCGCCAGUGCCGCCGGAGGCCUAAAUGCCUGAAGAAACUCAUCAUCGCUCGUAUCCAGGCAAUUUUAGCCUCAGCAAAGGAUAGAGCUAUCAGUGCAGCCAGGAAGAUUAAGGGAUGUGGCAAGGGGCUUUGGAGGGGAGCUAUCACUGCAGCUGGUGCCUCGAAAGAGAGAUCUCAUCACCAUUCCAAGGACCGCUCAUUUGCACGGGCUUUUGCUCGGGCUCUUCAUGUCUUUGUCGUCCCGGCUCUUCUUGGCUUAUCUGCAGGCCUCUUUGCCUGCAUCGUAGGAAUCGUACUUGGCCAGGGAAUUGUUGCUCUGUGGGGUUGUUACCGCCGCUCCAACAGCCGUGAGAUCACCCAUGUUGAGAGCGGUGAUGACGUGGAGAAGGAGCCUUUGUUUGUACCUGAAUAUGAAGAACUCCCACCCCACUAUGAGGAUGAGGAUCAUGGAGGUAUUACUCUGCCUGCCGAGAAGGAGUAA